GAUUUUACUAUGCCAGCAGGAUUCUUCCGGGUGUGCUUGGUGGUAAUCACAGCAAUUAUCAACCAUCCACUCCUCUUCCCAAAGGAAAAUGUCACAGUUUUUGAAAACGCAGAGGAACUCAUCAAAAAGAUGAAAGAGCGUGAGGAGAACCUGAGGUUAGAGCAGCUGAAACUGGAGCAAGAGUUAGAAGCACAAGAAGUUUCACUAGAUUCUUCAGAGGAAAAGACUGGGCCAGAAAAACAGCAUGACCAUGAUUCACUUUCUUGGAAUUUCUGGACUGCUUUGUCCAUGAUAGUCUUCCUUCUGAUUGAAUUCUGGAGGCAGGAUUACCAGGAAGGGAACUGGCAAGAUUAUACCAAUGAAGAUGAUGAAAUUAAUGUCCUGGGAAAAACAUUCAAGGGUUUUAUCCUACCAGACAAAGUCACAUUGGUCAGUUUUUAUGAAAGAUGCCUCCAGAAUGUGACAAGUGAUAUUGCUAGGAACCGAGAACUUGUGGAAGGCUUUGCAGAUGACUUGUUAGAAGCUUUGAGAAGUGUGUGUAACCGAGAUACUGACAUGGAAGUGGAGGAGUCUAUAGGAGUUGGGAGCAUGUAUGAAAACUGGAGAGCUUACAAGCCUUUCACUUGUGAUUUCAUUGUCCCCUUUACUCCUCCAGAGCCGUACUGUUUCCAGUUUGAGACCUGGUGUUCAGGAGAGUCUGUUCCAUCAGACAAAGAAAGUUGUGGUAUGAUAAAGAUCCUCCGGGCAGAUGAGAACUCAUCAAGUUGUAUCUGUGGUAAAACUAAGCUGGGGGAAGAUUUACUGUGUCUGCUUCAUAGCAGAGUGAAUCAAUCUAAGCAGAAUAGCCAUAUGGAAGAUCUCCUUUGCUUCAAAGACACUCAAUAUCUUGACUCUGACCAGGUUAUGACAUGGUUCCAGAUUGCACUUACCAAGGGAUGGAAUAAAAUUGCACACAAGUAUGAGUUCAGUCUUAUUUUCAAUCACCUGGAUACUCCUGGGGCCCUGAAAAUCAAGUUCAGGUCUGGAAAGACCAUCACAUUCAACCUCAGGCCUGUGGUACAAUAUGCAGAUUCUGAUGUAUAUUUUAUCUCUCACUUUCCAUUCAACAGCUUGGCAGAGAGUUUCACUAGCAGCACUCACUGGUUUCUCACCUUUACUGUGUAUGAGAAGAGAUAUAUCCAGUUUAUUUCCAAAACUUUGCCUGCUAAUCCUUGCCACCUCAGUUGCCUCCAGAUUCUGUCUUUCCUUCAUGGAAAGCAGUGCAGUCUAACAGAACCAAGUAGCCUGACAAACUAUCAUUUGAAAACAGUAAUGCUGCAUUUGCUACAGAUCCAUCCUAGUUCAGCUUGGGCUUCUGACUGUCUAGAGGCCAGGCUGCAAGAUGUACUCAACUUUUUGGAGAAAAGCUUGCAAGAAAAAAGGCUUUACCACUUUUUCAUUGGAAACAGGAAUCUGCCACAGGAACUGGGUGUACCAGUGGAGUUCCGAAAGGCAGAACCACUGAACCUUUUCCGCCCCUUUGUACUGCAACGAAGUAAUUACAGAAAAACUAUGGACAUGUUCCACGAGAUGCUUAAAAAUACAUCAGCUUUAAUUAAUGAAUAUACCAUGCAUGUUCCAAAUGGACGGGCAACUCCAUUAAAUAAGGAACUUCUGUGACAGCUACUUCUCUGAUAGUUACCAUAUAUGCAGACCUCCCCAUGGGAGACAACUGAUACAUGCUGUAGAAUUUACAGAUGGCUCUAUAGCAAUACCAUUCUCUUUUCUUUCCAAUGAUAUUGGCUGAUAUUUAUGCUGUCUUUAAUGUUUUUACCACUGUAUAUCUCUUUGUUAUAAUGAAUUUAAGCAAGGAAGAAGCAUCUUAAUUUAUUUAUUAUAUUACAGUUCUUAGAAUAUAGUGGAAUCUCUGUUAAUUAUUGCUGCUGUUGUUGCAAAGUACAGGAACCAGUUCAGGAACAUUGGCAUGAAACUCUACUAUCAGGAAUUCUUUAAUGUAAUUCUAAGUCAGUUUAAAUAUACAGUACUGUACAAAGUUUUAGGCAGUUGUGAAAAAAAGCUGUAAAGGAUGCUUUCAAAAAUAUAUAUUGUAAUUGUUUAUGUUUAUCAAUUUACAAAAAGCAGAGUGCGCAAACAUAAGAGAAAUUCAAAUCAAAUCAAUAUUUGGUGCGACCACGCUUUGCCUUCAAAACAGCAUCAA